AUCUUCCCUGGAAGGCGGGCGCAGAAGGGCAGGGCUGGGCAAGGCAGCUGGGAAACACCCUGGAGCUGCUGCUUUUUCUCCGCUCGCUCACUCGCUCGCUGCUGAGCUGCCGGUGGCUGGUGCUGCGAGUGGCCUCCUCCUCCUCCUCCAGGAAGCCAGGACGCGCGCCUUGGCCGCAGGAGGAAUCCUAAAUCCUAUUUAGCACUGUGAAAAUGGCUCUUAACAAUCUGACGCUGAAGGCUGCAUCACUUUACGAUGAAUGGAUUAAAAACGCUGAUCCACGAGUCGAUGGCUACCCGCUCAUGUCUUCGCCUUUGCCACAGACACUUAUUAUCGGAGCAUAUAUCUAUUUUGUCACAAAUCUUGGACCAAAGUUCAUGGAGAACAGAAAGCCUUUUGAUUUGAGGCAAAUAAUGGUUUUUUACAACUUUGGUGUAGUGGCUCUUUCAAUUUAUAUGACUUAUGAAUUUCUCAUGUCUGGCUGGGCUACAGGCUAUUCAUUUCGUUGUGAUAUAGUUGAUUACUCCCGGUCACCAAUGGCUCUUCGAAUGGUCCGUGCCUGCUGGCUGUAUUAUUUUUCCAAAUUUAUUGAAUUGCUAGACACAGUCUUCUUUGUUCUCCGGAAGAAGAAUGCUCAAGUUACAUUCCUUCAUGUCUUUCAUCACUCAAUUAUGCCCUGGACCUGGUGGUUUGGAGUCAAAUUUGCUCCAGGUGGCUUAGGAACCUUUCACGGUAUGUUAAACUGCAUUGUGCACAUCAUCAUGUACACCUACUAUGGACUUUGUUCACUGGGACCAGCCUAUCAUAAGUACUUGUGGUGGAAAAAGCAUAUGACAACCAUACAACUGAUCCAGUUCAUUUUGGUUACCGUCCAUAUAGAACAAAUCUACUUCAUGGAGAAUUGCCCGUAUCAGUAUCCAAUCUUCAUGUUCAUCAUCUGGCUAUAUGGGUUUUUGUUUUUAAUCCUGUUUCUACAUUUUUGGUACCAUGCUUACACUAAAGGUCAAAGACCACCGAAGCAUAUGAAAAAUGGCGUGCACAACGGCAUCAGCAAAAACAAAGCCGAAUGAAGCACUGUGCUACAAACACAAAUGAAUGUUUUGACUUGCACUACUUGACAAUCAAGACAUUUAGGAGCACAACACACUGGACAUUUUUAUAUGGCUUUACAAAAUAAACAAACAAAAAGCCCUUGUAUUUUUAUUAUAAAUUAUUUGGAAUUUAAUCUUAAUGUUGGAGGGAAAGUAAACCUACUGAUUAAUAUCCAGUGGCUUGCAGUUUUCGCCAAUAAUGUACAUAUUAUAAGAAUAUUUUUCUCUAUGUAUCAUUGGAAUGAAUACUUGGUGGCAUUUUUACAGAUGCACUCAGAUAUUCAUAGAGGAAAUGAAGUGUGCCUGAUAAGUAUACAAAAAUACUUUGAGCACUGAUGGAUACAUUUAUUUUAACAGGCACUGCAAGUUAUUAUGCCUGUAAGCUACUUUUAACUGAAAUGGAAUACAAUUUCAUAAAAGAUUUAUGGUCUGUAAACCUCAUUGUUAAUACAUCUACUGUAAACAUUAAUGUGUUUUAUACAAACUG